UUCUCGGGUUAUAUUUCUCGGGUUUAUAUUCUCGGGUUAUAUUUCUCGGGUUAUAUUUCUCGGGUUAUUCUCGGGUUAUAUUCUCGGGUUAUUCUCGGGUUAUAUUCUCGGGUUAUUCUCGGGUUAUUCUCGGGUUAUAUUCUCGGGUUAUAUUCUCGGGUUAUAUUCUCGGGUUAUAUUUCUCGGGUUCUCGGGUUAUUCUCGGGUUAUAUUUCUCGGGUUAUAUUCUCGGGUUUAUUCUCGGGUUAUAUUCUCGGGUUAUUCUCGGGUUAUUCUCGGGUUAUAUUCUCGGGUUAUUCUCGGGUUAUAUUCUCGGGUUAUAUUUCUCGGGUUAUAUUCUCGGGUUAUUCUCGGGUUAUAUUCUCGGGUUAUAUUUCUCGGGUUAUAUUUCUCGGGUUAUUCUCGGGUUAUUCUCGGGUUAUAUUCUCGGGUUAUUCUCGGGUUAUUCUCGGGUUAUAUUCUCGGGUUAUAUUCUCGGGUUAUUCUCGGGUUAUUCUCGGGUUAUUCUCGGGUUAUAUUCUCGGGUUAUUCUCGGGUUAUUCUCGGGUUAUAUUCUCGGGUUAUAUUCUCGGGUUAUAUUCUCGGGUUAUAUUUUCUCGGGUUAUAUUUUCUCGGGUUAUAUUUCUCGGGUUAUUCUCGGGUUAUUCUCGGGUUAUAUUUCUCGGGUUAUAUUUUCUCGGGUUAUUCUCGGGUUUAUAUUCUCGGGUUAUAUUUCUCGGGUUAUAUUUCUCGGGUUAUUCUCGGGUUAUAUUCUCGGGUUAUUCUCGGGUUAUAUUCUCGGGUUAUUCUCGGGUUAUAUUCUCGGGUUAUUCUCGGGUUAUAUUCUCGGGUUAUUCUCGGGUUAUAUUCUCGGGUUAUAUUCUCGGGUUAUAUUUCUCGGGUUAUUCUCGGGUUAUAUUCUCGGGUUAUAUUUCUUGGGUUAUUCUCGGGUUAUAUUCUCGGGUUAUUCUCGGGUUAUUCUCGGGUUAUUCUCGGGUUAUUCUUCUCGGGUUAUAUUUCUCGGGUUUAUUCUCGGGUUAUAUUUCUCGGGUUUAUAUUCUCGGGUUAUUCUCGGGUUAUUCUCGGGUUCUUCUCGGGUUAUUCUCGGGUUAUAUUCUCGGGUUAUAUUUCUCGGGUUAUAUUCUCGGGUUAUAUUCUCGGGUUAUAUUCUCGGGUUAUAUUCUCGGGUUAUUCUCGGGUUAUAUUCUCGGGUUAUUCUCGGGUUAUAUU